AUGCAGCUGCAGGACGCCGACAACUACCAGGUGCUCGAGGAGCUCGGCAGCGGAAGCUUUGGCGUUGUUUACAAGGCCAUUGAAAAGUCCACUGGCGAAAUCGUCGCCAUCAAACAUAUCGACCUCGAAGGAAGCGACGAUGACAUUCGCGAAAUCCAGCAGGAGAUUGCCCUGCUCAGCACCUGCGCCAGCGACUUUGUCACCCAGUACAAGACUAGCUUUGUGCGUGGUGUCAAGCUAUGGAUUGUCAUGGAGUUCUUGGGAGGCGGCUCGUGUUUGGAUCUGAUGAAGCCUGGUCCUUUCCGCGAAGCUCACACGGCCAUCAUCUGCCGUGAGCUCCUCCUCGGUCUUGACUACCUCCACCAGUCUGGCAAGAUCCACCGUGACAUCAAGGCAGCCAACAUCCUCCUCGCCCAGAACGGCAAGGUCAAGAUCGCCGAUUUUGGUGUCGCCGCCCAGCUCACCAACAUCAAAUCGCAACGCAUGACUUUCGUCGGAACCCCUUACUGGAUGGCUCCCGAGGUUAUUCAAGAGAUGGGUUAUGACUUCAAGGCCGACAUCUGGUCCUUGGGAAUCACUGCUAUGGAAUUGGCAAAGGGAGAACCCCCGCAUGCCGAUACCCACCCCAUGAAGGUCCUGUUCCAGAUUCCCAAGGCACCUGCCCCGCGUCUGGAGGGCAGCGAAUUCUCCAAGGAGUACAAGGAUUUCGUCGCCUCUUGCUUGGUCAAGGAUCCGGACAGGAGGCCUACUGCCAAGGAGCUCCUGAAGCACAAGUUCAUCCAGCGCGCCGGCAAAGUCGAGGCUCUGCAGGAGCUCGUCGAGCGGAGGAGAAUGUACGAUGCGGGAAGCACCAAGCAUUCUCACCCCAAGUACUACGAGGAAACAAUGCGCAGCAUCCCCGCAUCAGGCUUGGAGGACGACGAAGAUGAUGAGUGGGUCUUUGACACCGUGAAACCGACUAAGACUCAGACCCAGAGGAAGCGGAUUUCCCCCCGGGCCGAUUUCCCCGCAGAGCUGUUGGAGAAGCACGAUCUCGACUCCACGCCUUUGAGCACCUCCGCACCAACCAGUGGCUUCAAGGUGGGCACGGCCCACCGGAGGCCGUCGUCCAGACACUCAAAUGCAAGCUUCAACCAAGGAUCAGCCCCUUCAACCGCCCGUCGGAACAGUGCAGCCCGAGAGCCUCUGGCCGUCGAUAUGUCCUUCGGAAAUGGGCACUCGACUGUGCGCCAGUUCGGCCGCGUUUCUUCGGCCGGACUCGAAUCGCACCCAGAAGAGGUCCCGUCCCGUCCGAACAUCAAUGCUUCCUUCUCUUCUGCGGAUACGCUGGUUUCCGAUGUGCAGAAUGAGAACACCCCUCCACUGACUGAGGGUACGGUGUCUCGACUGACCAAGGAAUCGCUUAUGGGCCGUCGUGCCUAUGUUAAGGCUAUUGAUGGUGCAUUCCAAGAGACGCAUGCUCAGACCGGCUCCCAGCAGAAGCGCGACGCUCUGGCGAAAGCCGCACAGGCCUGGGCCGCACUGGACAGGGUAGACCCCGAAGGUGAAUUCCUGCUCAUGCGCAACAUGAUCGACAGAAUCCAGGCGGACCCCAAGCUUGCCGCCGCGCUGGGAGUUGCUCCGUCUGGCAUGCCCAGCGCGCCGAUGACACCGUCUAAGAGCCACGCCCCUGCUGUUCUUUCUCCGACCUCCACAUCCAACCAUAAGAGUAAUGAUCCUUUCUACGAAUCGAACAUCUCUCCUUCCUCAUCAGCAAGGCAUAAUGGCAACAAGCUCCUGGUUGCCCAAAACAGCCCACAUCUCAAGUCGCAUCAGCGCCGUCGCCAAAGUGCCAUUAGCAUUGCUAGCAGCGACCACAGCAGCAACGGCAGCAAUGUCGGUAUCGAGGGGCGCAGAGGCUCUGCCCACAUCGACGAGAGGAAGCUCCCCGGCUACAGCAAGCCUGGUAUGGAUCACACCAGUGACCUCGCCAACGUCUUGUACGGACGAUGGACCGAGGCCCUGGCAAACAGGUGGAGUAGGUUCUAA